GGGGCUGUGUUCCUGCCGCGUGCCGCGCGGCCGUCAAGCGAGAGUGGCCGCAAAAGUAACCUCGAUUUCGCGACAGCGAGCGGCGGCGGGGCGAGGCGGCGCCGGGCGGGGGGCUUCCAGGCCGGUUUCGUUCUUUGUCACCGCGGUCGUUGGCCAUUCCCGAAGAGCCCGCCCAGUCCCCACCCAGGGCCCGUGCAGAGCGGAGCCUCUGGGGAGCGCUCCCGCCCUGCGGCUCGGCGCUGUGCGGGGCGUCCAGCCCCUGGGAGCGCAGCAGCUGGCCGGGACAUGCUGUCUCGCUGCAAAACCUACUGGAAACGGAGCGACACAAACACGCAAGUGGAAGGGUUAGGUAAAAAUGUUCUUUGUCAAAGUCGUUUCUGGUUAUUAUUGAAGGUUUUGUUAAGUCAGUUUUUUACAUCAGUGUAAACUGGUAUUAACUGUCCCUUCAUUGUUAUCCUCUUCUGUUCCCAUUCUCUGACACAGAUGUUUGUGAGACUCUACAGCGUGCCAGUCUGGGGAGCUGAGCUGAGCUCUAUAGCAGCCCAGACCUCAGCCACCUCUGUGACCUACUGACCUUUCUGCCCUGGCUGCGGUUUCUCAUUGCCUGUCUUGCCCUUCUUCCUCAGUCACUGGAGCUUCUGCUGAGCUAUCUACAAGAAAAUCCAGCCCAGCAAAUCAGCAAGUUGUUGUCUCUGUGGUUAGUUGUCUGAGCCAGUUCAGGAAAGGGCCAAAUGAAGUGUUCUAACUGAUUCAAGGGAAGAAGUAGAGGGACGCUAGUGGGGUAUUAAUUAGCAGGUAGAUUGACUUGGGCUACUGUAGGACAACUGUCAAAGAUAUUUUUUUCUUCCAGUUCGGUUUUGACACAGGUCAUUUACCCGGUAUGAUACAUCACUAUCACUGUAGAAGCAGCUUGUACUGUCACAGUUGAAGGGAUUUGGCACCCGAAAGUUCCAGAUAUCCUUGUGUACAGUGUCGCUGAUAGUGGCCAGGUGAUGGGCAAAAUUCUGGACCAGAGAAACCAAAGACAAGGCACAAUAAAGCAGUGAAGAGAAACUGAAGGAAGUAUUACAUGUCUUACUUCAGAAACCAUUUUUUGAUCAGUAUUUGGAUAAACUAUAUGUAUAUGUACUAAAAUCUAAAAAGAAUUGAGAGAAUCUUGAUACAAAAAUUGAAUUCUGACAUCCAGCAGUACAAUCUCCAAAUUCUUACUUAAAUCUCCAAAGUUGAAGGUGUGUGGAGAGCAUGGGUUAUGAUAUUGAGCGUUUCGUUGGCUAUGUCAAUGAAGGCCUAUUGUGCUCCAUCUGCCGUGAUGUGUUAGAAGAUCCAUUACAGGCUCCUUGUGAACACGCUUUCUGUACUGCUUGUAUACAUGGAUGGCUGGUUCAUCACAGCAACUGCCCUGAAGACAGACAAAUGAUUGAUGUAUCUUUGCUGCGACCUCUCUACAGGUAUAUGAAAAAUGAUUUAAACCGUCUUCAGCUACAUUGCAAAAACAGAGAGUAUGGCUGUGAAAUGAUUUGUUCUCUGGAGUCUAUAGACAGGCAUGAAAGGGAGUGUGAAUACAGUCAGAUACGUUGCUCCAAUGCCGGUUGUACAGUUCAGAUCGAACGACGUAACUUAGAUGGUCACCUGGCAGUGUGCGAAUAUCGGAGCCGUGAAUGCCCCAAUGGUUGCGGUUACACCAUUCUCAGCGCAGAAGACACGCAGCAUAAUUGUGUAGCAGAGCUGAGAACAGAGUUAGAACUACUUCGGUCAGAAAUGAUCUGCAGAGUGGAGGAGGCAAAACAUGAGAUGGAGUCAAGGUUAGAUUCACAGAGAAGGCAUAUGGUCCAAAAAGAGAGUAUUCUGCAAAAUGAAAUUGAGGAACUAAAGAGUCAGAUGUCACGAAUGAUGUCAGAUGUGCGCUCUCUGAUGGCUGCAGAGAGACAACAUCGCCAGGAGCUGGAGCAGGCAGAGCUGGAAAAACGGGAGUUAAUGGAGCUGCUGAAGGGGCUGCAGAAGGACUGUCGAUUAACUACUACAGAAGGAAGCAGGAAGUCAGCAAAUUUCCGCCCUCUGACGCGACUAGAGAGCGUCAAACGAAAGCCUCGGGAAGUUACAGUUAUCUAAACAGAAGUAAGCUCAAAAAGCAUUUUCUUCUGAUUCCUGGGACCAUCUGGCAAACUUUUCUACUUCCCAUGAAUAAUUGCUAAAUCACUUCUGAUUUACUUGAUUUAUUUUAAAAUCUAGAUUACUACUUUUAUUUCCUCUUGGGGCAUAAAAACAGAUGGGGAAAUUUUUUCUUAGGGAACAGUGGGCAUUAAAACUAAAUACAUUUUUAACUAAUGUUUCUAUAAAAAGGGGGAAGGAGACUUGAUUUAUAGUCUCUUCAGUGCAUUAUUUAUAGGAGUCUUUCAAGUCUGAAAGCCAGAGCCUUUUAAAGUCAAAGAUACUUAAAGCUUGUUUCCUUCCUAGUCCAUUAUAGUCUGUUUAAAAUCUAGUUUAUGCUUAGACUUAGAAAGAAAAUGCAAUCAUUAGUAAUGGCAUUUGGGAUGUACUUAAUUGGGGAAAAAGUCAGUAAUAGAAUUAGUAAGUCUGUAAUAGAAAUGAAUAGAUUUUGCUUGCUUACGGUCUGUGGAAGGUCUAUUUCAAAGGUGGAGAGAAAGCACUUUAAAUUGUAAUUCAGCUGCUGUGGGACAGCUUCAGGUGAGGCUGACUUUUUAAUUCAGAGUUUCUCUAAUUUCCCAGGCUGAUACACGCUUUAAUAUUAAAGCCCAAGGCAACAGAGUUGCCUAAAACCUUUUCAAUAGAUGUGUAACUUGGAGCUUUUUGUAUGUGAAAGUCCUUUAAGCUUGAGACCAGCCCAUUCAAUACUCAGAAAGCAUAUAUAAAUACCUUGAGUAUCCUUAAUUUUCUUCUGGCAGGUUUAAGACCACUUGAACAUUAAUAUCCAGACAGAUGAGUAUUUGCACAGUCACUUGGACUCUGGACGUCUUUAUUAGUACUCAAGUUUGCAAUUGUGUAAGAACUCGGAUUUUUUAGCAGACUCACAAAUACCGAAGCGAGGGGGCAUUUGUCUGUAAGGACUGUGUAAGAAGUCUGUACAGUUCAAAGACUUUUCUCUAAACUUCUGACACAGCCUGUCCGUGUUGUUUCUGCGGUGUAGUUGAGCCAUAUUCUGUCCUCCGUUGCAGCUCUUCAGUGGAGUGACUAGGGGAGACCCCGGCCUCCUGUUUACUGAAUGUGCUAAAUCAGUUUUGAAAACAUGUGCAGGUGCAACAAUCUGAAUAAGCUAAUUGUAUCGUUUAGAAAGCAAAUACAUUACUGUGCAUGCCUCGCUGUCACUCAGAGCAACGCUUUCAUGGUUAACGGCGAAACCAAAGAGAGAGGCAGCCACCUUCUUUAGCACGUAUGCUGCAUUAUGAAGACUUGUGGUCAGAGCUGUCUUAAUUUCAGGCAUUAAUAAAUCCUUCUGACUUGCUUUAUUAUCACUGAAGCAGAUGUACACACGUUCAGGUCUUGUGCAUUUGAAAUCUGACAGAAAUAACUCUGCUGUGAAAGGUGGUUUGUUUUGUUUUUUUUCUGAAAGAAAACAUUCAUAGGAAGAGUUAUGUCCAAAUAUUUACUUGGUUUCAGUCCUUAUAUUCAAGAUUAAAUUAUAAUCAUUGGCAGUAUUUAGGUCACAGUAGCAGUCUCACCAACUCAUGACAUAGCACAUCUCGUAAGCAGCCAUAUCUAACAAUCUGAAACAGUAAAACAGUAGCUAUAAUUUGGGAAGACCUUCAUUAACACUAAACAUUCAGUGGUCAAUUCACGUGUAUCAGUGUGCAUAUUAAAGCUGUAGGUAGGAAGUAAGAAUGCUUUUAUUAUGUUAUGUUCUAAAUAAGCAAGCUGUUGGUGUCUGUGGUCUGUGACUCCAUUUCAGCAUUCACACUAAUUUUGAAGCUUCUUGGCAACACCAGAUUUCACGCUAUUAGAGUCAGUCGGUGCUUUUCUGUGUACUGUAACUGUGUGGUUCUGUGAUGUGACUUUAUCCGCUUUGCUUAAUGCGAAAGAAGAAAAACCUUCAAAAUCCCAUGGAACUCAGAUGAGCUGGAUCAUCUUUCCCAAGUUGGAGGGCAGAAGUGAUCGCCCAAUCUUUUCUGUUCUGACCACUGGAAAAAGCAAGUGCUUUCUCCAUAAUGGGAUCUCUGCAUUUGCUUGUUUUAGGAGUUUGACCCUCAUAUUUGUGACUGAAUUCCUUCUAGGAUGGGAAACAGGGUUUAUUUCGUAUUUACUUAGCAUUUGGUCUGCUGUCUGUCCCCUAAGUGACAGACAUGAAACUACGGGACAAAACACAUUCUAGGCGGUAAGGAAGGACUUUCUGCUCUGCAGCCUGUGCAGCUUCUAGUUGCCAGCUCCGGAGUACGAACUUUCAGCGUUGAAAUGCGGCAGCACUUUGGACCCACCUGCUGCUGGAAUGACCUGUCAGCUCCGCUUUCCGCUUCUUUUCAGCACCAAGUAGCUAAUAGCAUCAGAUCCCUCACGUUAAUUUAAGCUUAAUCCUAUUCCUCUGUGUUGAUAAACUGUUCUGCACUUAAUAUUUUCCUCUGCUGAUGAACCACUUGCAGGGUGGCAUUUGCUGAAGUGUGGUCAUCAUUUUACCUGCAUUAUAAUUGACUAGGCGAAAAUUCAAUAGCCCAUUAUAACAAUAUUUUAUCUGCUUUCAGCUUCUCCAGGCUCUUACAUUGCGCAGCUCUAAAUAGCAGCUGGCAGAAACAAGGGAGUUUUAUUUCUUUCUUUCUUUCUUUCAAAUAGUUUGUUAAUCCUUUUUAUAAAAUCUAAAGGUCUAAAUAUUGUAGCAGACUUGGUGUAAGUGAAGACCAUAUUUUAGGAUUAUAUGAGAGACACUGCUUAAAGUGCAUUACAGGAGGGCUCCAGCACUGAGGUACUGGUGUUGGUAUUCUCACACUAGAUCACACUUCAAUCAGUUCCGUUUUCUCACAGGUGGAACUGUUACUGAAGUGGACCAGUAACUGAGCAAACUGUUGUAUUUUUAGGUGCUUCUAAUAGCGCUUUGCAGCUGAACGAGGGCGAGCAAAGGCUGUGGAGCCCGGGCAGUGGAGAGACAGUGCGAGCGGCCCGGCUGCCUUCCCUCAGCCCCAGCGCCGCGGGGCAGCCGCACCAGCCCGUGCAGCGGCUGCUGCCACUGCAAUUAACACAGCAUUAGAGUUAAAAAGGAGAUUAAAUCUUUAUCCGCAGUUAAGUGGGUACGAAAUGUAAUAGUACCAAACCCGGGAGAUUCACAAACAAAACUCCUAGAGAGCAAGUUGUUAAGUAAAGCAUGUGAGACUACAAGGUAUUACAAGGAAUUGAGCAAGUCCUUCUGCUACAUUAAAUUAGGUGAAAAAAAUAACACUAAGGAUAUAUUUUACAAAAUAUUUUAAAGCAAGUGGUAAGUUUGCCUUUGAAAGAAAUCAACAUUUAGAUAUUUAUGCUGAAGACACAAAAGGCCAGUUACAAAUACAUGUAAUCUAGUUCCCCUAGACUGACUUUUCCACUUGAGAGGUCAAAUUCAAGGCAAAAUAGUUUCCUCUGUUUCCUUCAGCAUUCAAUCUGCAUUUCCUUCACCUGCGCUCCUCCCGAAGCAAAACCCUGUCGGUGCACUUGGCCAGUAUGGAUCAUUGCUGCUAGGAUUAUUUUGCCUGGAUCAGGAACAGCAAGUUUUGGGGGGAGCUUCUCGUAGGUUUAGAUGAGUUUCAAGAGAAGGUGUGGAACUGAGAAUGUUGCAUCUGAGUCGAGUGCAGGAGCAGCAAGGAAGAAAUUUGCUGGACUUCCUAAUUAAGGUGGCAGCUUUCAGUAUGAGAUUAACAGUCUCAUGAGGGAAAUCAAUGUAGUACCACAUAUGUACAAGCGUUUCUUGUCAGCACAAAAGGGAAUGGAAUUAUAUAGUUAAACAAAACACCUAAUACAGUAAAGUAUUUUGACUGGCCAAAAGUGGUUUUAUCUCAACUGUUCUUAGGUGUUUUUAAGAAGUUUAAUGUAUCAGUUGAUCCCAGGUGGCAAACGGUUCCUCAUAUUUACAGCAAUGGGCAGCCUUGCAAGUUAAAUUUUCUGUGCAUUGUCCUCUUGGAUGUUUCUGGCAUGGUGCUUUUCUGCGUGGAAGCGCUGGACAGUAUUUAAACGGAGCAGUACCAGCCUUGCCUUUCUCCCGUACUGCUGGUUGGAUGAAGUGUGAUAGGACAGGGAGAUUUUACCACAGAGAUAGAUGCCUUUAUAAAGACCUACAAUUCUAUGCAACUUUCUAUUAACAAAUAAACAUUGAACUGUCUUCCAGCAUUGUGGUUCACUGCCAAUAUAUUUACAUUUUCUACCUUUAUAUACACAAGAAGGAUAAAACAGUGCUUAUCAGUUCUUAAUCUCUAGUCUGUAAAACAGUAACACUAUUUGUACCACUUUGAAGUACACUUUGUAUAAAAGUUGGAUUAAUAAAGUAGUCUCUACCAUAA